UUAUAAUAAUUCAAAUAAUAAACAAUUAAUAAAUGAUAAAUUAAAUAUAGAUAACAAUAUGGAUUGUAAUAUUACAACAAAUCCAUUUCGUUCUUUAGAUAUUGAUUCAAAAUUUAAUAAUAAAAACUCAAAUAUAUUUCAUAAUAAUAAUAAAAAUUCAAGCAUAUCAUUAUCAUCAAUUUCUUUGUCACAACAACCAUCAUCAGCAUCAACAUCGGGAGCGUCAUCAUCAUCUUUACUAAAAAAAUCUAAAAAUAAUAAUGAUCAUAAUUGCAGCACAUCGAUUCAACAAUUGGCAGGUACAUCAACAACAACAACAUCGUCAUCAUCAAUAUUUGAUCAAAAUUUUUAUAAUAAAAUAUCAAAUAUUUAUCAGGAAAAUAGUAUACAAUCAUUGUCAUCUUUAUCACCAGCGUUAGCAACAACAACAACAGAAAAUACAUUUUUAUCACAAGAAUCUUCACCCCCAAUGAAAACAUCAACAAUUUCCAUAGCACCAUCAUCAUUAUCUUCUUCAUCAACAUCAUCAUCAUCAUUAGCAGCAGCUUCAGAACUAAUUAAUUUAUCAAAAAAACUGUAUGGUAGUACUAUCGAAAAUGAUAACACAACAAAUUAUAAAUGUGAUUAUUUAGAAUAUAAUAAAGAAUCAUUAUUAUUAACAUCAUUACCAACAACAUCAUCAAUUACAUUAAAACCCUUACAAUUAGAUGAAAAAUGUUAUGAACAAAUAACAAACCCAUAUAAUAAACAUAUAAGAUGUAAUAGUACAAGUAAUGAAAUAACAAAUAAUACUACUACUGAUUCAAUAAAAACUCAAUUGUUAUUAUCAUCAUCAUCAUCGCUAUUAUCAUCAUCACCAUUUAAUCUUACGGAUAUGAAUAAAACAACAAUAACUAUUGCUACAACUGCUUCUACAUUAAAUACAACAACAAUACAACAAAAUUUAUCAAAAAUUAAUUGUACAACAAAAUCACCAUUAACAAAAACAAAAAUGAUGGAAUUUCACGCUAGAAUACAAUUAUUAGAAAAUGCAAUGAAUUUUCGUGAUCAUACGCAAACAAUAACGACAACAGCAGCACCAGUAACAGUUACACCAAAUCAACAACAACAAACAACAAUAAAUGGAGCUGCAACAACUACAAUACAAACAUCACCCAAAAAAAUUACACCACAAAAAUUAAAUUUUUAUCAAACUAAAAAAGAAAUUGAACAAAUGUUAGGACAACGUUUUAAUUUAAAUGAUCAUCAAUCUUACAAUCAUAACAAUACAGUACCAUUAUCAUCAUCAUCAACAACAGUAACAACUACAACAACAACAACAGCAACAGGAACAAUCGGUAUAACAACAAAAUUUACAAAUAAUAAUCAAACAACAAAACGUAGAUUAACAAAUUUAAUAAAUACUUCAUCUUUAGAUUUAUCAAAAAAUAAUUCAAUGAAUACAAUAUAUAAUAAUUCUAAUAUAAAUGAUAACAGCAAUAUUAUUUCAUUAACAAAUAAUACAGGGAAUAAUGAAACAACUAAUAAUAUUAAUAAUGCAAGUGAUGAAAAGGAUCAUUUUAAAAAUUUAUCGAAAGAUAAAAUUAGUUUACAAAAUAAACUUCAAGAAGAGAUGAAAAGACAAUGCCAAAAAAUUCAGGAGAAACAUUCAAUUGAACGCUACCCACCACAAUAUCAUUAUGGUGAAAUUCAUAAUUCAACAUUAAAUUUUCAUAGUUUUCCUGAAAGUAGCAGUAAAAUAGGACAACAUCAAUUAAAACAAAUUAAAACAUCAACAAUAGGAACGGGGAGAGGUGGUGCAACUUCAACUUCAACAAAUAAAGGAGGGACAGUAACAACAACAACUACAGUUAUUGAUGAAAAUUUUCUUGUUUAUAGAGAUGGUAUAUUAAUAUCUGGACCAUUAGAAAGUUUAAUUAAGCAUAUGGUCCCGACAAGUAAUUAUUAUCCAGAAAAUUCAUUUAUUUUUGCAUUCCUUUUAAGUGCCAGAUUAUUUAUUAAUCCAUAUGAAUUAUUACAACGUAUUUGUCAAUUAUGCGAGGAACAACAAAAUAUCAUUGUUAAAUUACAACAAACUAAAGCAAAAAAUUCAACUGAUAACAAUUCUUUGUUAUCAUCAACCUUGGCAUCUUCAUCAUCAUCCUCUACAUCAUCAUCGUCAACAAGUACAUCAGGAAUAUGUAGUGGAAGCGUUGGUGUUGGUAGUUCCUUAAAUAAUGGUCGUAAUUGCAUUAAUAUUAUGAAUGAUAAUUGUAAUGGUAUUAAUGAUAAUAAUGUUACGGGUAAUUCUUCAACAUCAACUGCAACAACAGCAACAAGAACAUCACCUAAUAAUAGAGUUAAUACUAAUAUAAAAAGUAAAAGUAAUAAUAAUAGUAAUAAUAGUAACAUUAUAACAAAUCAUAAUACGAAUUUACGACAACUACAAAAACAGCAACCAUAUAAUCAGGAUAAUCAAACAGAUACUAAAACAUUGUUAAAAAUGUUCGCGAAAAAUUUUUUACGUUUAUUAAAUGAAUGGGUUAAUUUAUUUCCAUAUGAUUUUCGUGAUGAACGUUUAAUGCAACAAGUUCGUACUAUGCAACAGAAAUGUAUUAGUAUCGAUAGUAAUUUAAGACAGGAUGUAUCAAUAAUACUACAAAAUUUGUUAGAAAAAUUAACAGUAUUAGAAACUUACGAAAAUUUUUUACAAAGUUUAUCGAAUUCAGAUGCAACAGAUUUUACUAACAAUAUGAAUUCAGGAAUAUCAUCAUCAUCCAAUAAUGACAAAGAUCAUCAUUAUUAUCCACAUAAUUUAACAUCAUCGAAUAGUUUAGUAAUGCCAGUUACAACAAUACCAUCAUCAACAGUAACAACUGGUGCAGCAGCAUUAACAACAGCGACAACAUCAUCUUCUUCUUUAUCAUUUCAUCAUCAUAUAACUGGAUUAAUACCAUCAUAUACAAAUCAUUCAAUGUCAUCAAGUUCAAUUGGUAGUAUGGCUAGUAUAAAUGGGGGUGUUGAAAUAAUUGAAAUAUGCCCUUCAUCAACCGUAUUAUCACAACAAUUAACGCAUAUAGAAUUAGAAAGAUUAUCGCAUAUUGGUCCAGAAGAAUUUGUACAAGUUUUUGCCAAAGAAAAUAUUAAUUUAACUGAAAAUCACAAAUCAUCUAAUACAAAUAAUAUAAAAGGAGCAUCAUCUGAAACACCACUAAAUGCUGAUGUUAAAAAAACUAGAAAUUUAGAAACUUAUGUACACUGGUUUAAUCGUCUUAGUUAUUUAGUAGCGACGGAAAUAGUUAAAUAUUCUAAGAAAAAGCAGAGAGUUCGAGUUGUAGAAUAUUGGAUAGAAACAGCAAGAGAAUGUUUUAAUAUUGGAAAUUUCAAUAGUUUAAUGGCAAUUAUUGCUGGACUUAAUAUGUCACCAAUUUCUAGACUUAAAAAAACAUGGGCUAAAGUUCAAUCUGCGAAAUUUUCUGUACUUGAACAUCAAAUGGACCCAAGUAGUAAUUUUAAUAGUUAUCGAUCAACAUUAAAAGCUGCUAUGUGGAGAUCAGCUGGUGCAACAAAUGAAAGAGAAAAAAUCAUUAUACCAUUUUUUAGUUUAUUAGUAAAAGAUUUAUACUUUUUGAAUGAAGGGUGCUCAAACAGAUUAUCAAAUGGUCAUAUUAAUUUUGAAAAAUUUUGGCAAGUUUCAAAACAAAUUAAAGAAUUUAUUAGUUGGAAAGAAGUUACGUGUCCAUUUGAACGUGAUCAAAAAACAAUUAUGUAUUUACAAAGAAAUCCUAUAUUAAAUGAAAAUACAUUAGCAAUUGCAUCAUUUGAGUGUGAACCACCAGAAAAUCAACAAGAAAAAGAACGUUUUAAGGGAUUAAAAAUUGAAAUAUUACAAUAUAAUAAUAGUAAUAUCGGUUUAGGUAAUAAUAUUAAUAGUGGUAAUAACAGUAAUAAUCCUGGUUGUAGUGGUUCUAAUAAUACUAAUACUGGUAAUACUAAUAAUAGUCAUAUAAAUCAAACAAUACCAACUACAAAUUAAGUUAAAUUUUUUUCCCGAAAUAUACAAAUAUAUAUUUAUAUAUGUAUAUAAAAGGAAAUAUAUAUCUAUAUAAUAGGAUACACAAAGAUAUAUAUAUAAAUGAGAGGGUUAAAAAAAGCAAAAAAAAUACAUACUUAGUGGACUCAAACACUUAAAAAAUCAUAAUGCAUUUACUUAAUAACAGAAAACUUAUCACAACUAUAUAAUCAAAAUUAAAAUUAUAUUGAAAUUAAAAAAAAACAACCAAACAAAAAAAGUAAAAAUUAUUUAAAUAAACAUAGAAUUACUAUAUCAAAUAUAUAUUCAAAUACAAAUAUGAAAUAUAUGAUAUGAAUUAUAUAAUACUAGAAGAUGAAAUUGGAUGAAAAAUGCACAUAAAAAUAUAUAUAAAUAUAUAUAUAUAUAUAUUUUUCUUUCUAUAUUAUUUAACAACUAAGUUCAAAAGAUAAGCAAUUUAGCAAUAUACUGUUAUUUAGCGUGUCCAAGCGAAUGGCGUCGAUCUUUUGAGCCUCCUGGUAGAGCUGACUGGGAUGAGUAAUUUUUGUAUUUCGUUAUUUGAAUUGUAAUUUCCUCAUGUUCCUCGGAAUUCACCUUUAAGUCACGAUGUGUAGUGUCAUUUCUUACAUACCACGGUGCUCCUGCGAUGUUUCUUAAUACUUUGCAGUAUUUGUAUUUAAGAAUAGUUCGUUUUUUUUAGUAUAACCCCACAGUUGUAUUCCAUAUGUCCAAAUUGGCUUGAUAGUUUGCUUGUAUAUCAGGAGUUUGUUAAUGAUGUUGAGUUUGGAGUGGCGACCAAUUAACUAUUGGAGUUUUUGUAUUUUUAAUUUCAUUUUUGCCUUUUUUUUCUUUACGUGCUCCUUCCAUUUUAAUUUCACGUCAAGCGUCAUGCCAAGAUAUUUUGCUGUAUUUGCAUAUGGUACCUGUGUUGCCUUAAUUACGAUUCUUUAGAUUUUUUUGUUUGUAAAGUUAAUGUGGGUGGAUUUUCCUUCGUUUAAUCUAACUUGCCAUAGUUGAGUCCACUUAAAAAUUUUGUUAGUCGCCCUCUGUAGACUUUCCGUAGCCUUUUCUACUGUGUCUCCAGUGGCCAAAAUCGCCGUGUUAUCAGAAAAAAAAUAGCUAGGGUGUAGUUUUCACUCGUGGGUAUAUAAUUGGUGAACAAUAAGUACCACAGCGGGUCAAGGACACUGCUCUGGGGAAUGCCAGCCCUAAUAUUUUUUAGAGCAGAAUAUUCACUUUCGUGUUUAAACCGAAAUGUUCUGUUUGAGAGGUAUGAAGAUAUUAACCUACAGUAAUCCUUUGGUAAAUCUCUGUUUAGCUUGCAAAUCCAUCCCUUAUGCUACACCUUAUCAAACGCUUAUGCAACAUCCAGAAAUAGUGAAGCACAAACCCCUUUAUUUCCUAGCGUUUCUUCAAUUAUAUUAACUAUCCGGUAUAACCCGGUCUACAGUUGAGUGGCCUCCCCUAAAACCAAACUGAUGAUCCGGCAUUAAUCUUUUUUCUUCAAUGAUUAGAGUUAAUCUAUGCAUAAUUGUGUGUUCAAAAAUUUUUUACAUGAUCGGCAACAAUGUUAUCGGCCCCUAUGAUGUUUUAUCGCUCGGUGGCUUACCUUGUUUAGGUAUCAUGAUGACUUCGGUCAUCUUCCAUUGUCUAGGUACAUACUUCUAGUUUAACGAUAGCAUUCAUUAUAUAUACCCGUUUUUUUAUGGUUGGCCGUUUUUUAUUUUUUUUUUUUAAUAAUUCUCCUGAUAUAAAAUCGUAUCCAGGAGCCUUUUUACGUUUAAUAUUGUAUUUGAUUUCGUUUUUCAAUUCUUUAAUAGUAACUUUGGGCACCGUUCUGAGAUCCAAGUUCUCUAUUUGCGGGACAUUUUCUUCAUGAGCUAAUGUAGGUAAUGGCGUUAAACUGUUCUGGAGAUAUUCGGCAAACAAAUUUGCUUUAUCCUUGGCAAAUCUUACUCUAGAUAUAUAUAUAAUGAUAAAAUUCCAUUUUACAAUAUUAUUACAAUUCAAAUCAGUAUGUAUAUAUAUAUAAGUAUAUUCAUAUUAUAACACCGCACAUCUUAUUCAUGAAAACAAAGUUUUAAGAAUAAAAUUAGAUUUUAUUUCCAUUCUGGGAACUGAUUUUACAUUUAGUCUUUUUAUUAUUUACGGGAGCAAAAAAAAUCCAAUUAAAAUUUAGUCAAUUUAUCGAAUAUAAAAAAAAAGUUUAUCGAAUAGAAAAAAUAACGCUAUAUAAUUUUUAAAUUAAAUAUUUUUAAUAUUUUCGAAAAGUUAAAAAUCAUAGAUAACCAAAAAUGUGAAUAAAUAAAAGUUUUGUGAAAUUUUCUUUCUGUUGUAAGCCUUUGU